AUGCCUUUAGAUUAUAGCAAGUGGGACAAUCUCGAACUAUCGGAUGACUCUGACAUUGAGUGCCAUCCCAACGUUGACAAGCGUUCGAUGAUCAAGUGGAAGCAAGAGUCUAUCCACCACGAACGCGCCGAGAGAAAGGCAAAGAUAGAACACCUCGAGUUUUUGAUUGCCCAGCAAAAGCGCUUAGCUGCUCGCCUGGAAGCCCUCAAUGGUACUCUUCAAAAAGGAUCAGAUGAGGAAGAAGAAGCCAAGAAGGGCGACUUUAGACCGACAAUUCCCAACCCGAAUGGAAAUGGAAAGAUGCCCGACAAUAUUGGGCCUGACCAAGUGUUUGUGAUGAUGAUGGAUCAAAUCGAGGGUGGUCUCAAGAACCAUUCCCCUGCUCAUGUCAGAAAGGUUGUUUCCGGCCAGUUACAACAGACUCUCGAGGCUACCAACACAAACAUCCAAGCUUCCUCAAAGGAGCUCGCAGCACUGCACAAGGAAGCUGACAAGAAGCUCACUAGCGAAAACAUGUUUAAAGAAACUGCAAACCGUACAAUCCUCAACACAAAGUCGUCCUCUGCUCCCAAGGAAAAGAAAAAGGAAAAGGUCAUUGAAACCUUGAACCCUAGUGCACAAUUAAAGGAUCUUACUCCUGCAAACUCUACUAGCACACAAUCUGGUUAUGAAGGAGAUGAAGAGGACGAAGACGCAGAUGAUGAGGAUGAUAAGGAUAUUGAGCUAUCACCAAAGGCAGAAGCCUUUUCAAAGCUUAGUGGAUUUGGCCCUAGUUUCAAGUACAUCAGUGCCAACCCUGAAAUUGUCAACGAAACAAUCUCAGACCAAAUUCUCGCAGAAGCAUUUACUGCACAGCUCAAGGGACGUACAGAGUAUGCUAAGAAUUGUGUUACCCAGUCACUGACUCUUCAAUACUGUGGAAACCUUGGUAAAGAUGGUGUCAAUCUCUUUUUUAUGAGAAUGAACGGUCCCAACGCACAGCCCCGUAACAUGUUUGGUGACGAUGUCAAGAAGACAUAUGAGCGCAUUGUGAACAGAUGUGCAGAGAUUCUUGAAGAAAGGGAGAAUGAGGCUCCAGUUGAGACUAUUCAGCUGCAGCCGAUGAGCGAUGGAUCCGAAUUGACCGUGCGCAUUCCGGACCCUAAUAACGAAGAAGACAAGGGAGUCUAUGAAGUAUUUGAAGCCCUUCCCGAAGAAUUCAGAAAAGCGCUUGCCACAGCUGAUCUCGACAAGGUGAACAAGGUGCUCGAGAAAAUGAAGGUUGAGGAUGCUGAGAUGGUAAUUCAGGUCUGUUCCGAGUAUGGAUUUUUGGAUGUCGGAAGCCAAGUGGUAGACGGAACU